UCAGUUGCUUUUUGUGCAAAUUAACAUUGCUUUUUUGCAUUUAUGCCAGUAACCCGUUUUAAACCGGUGUAUGUCCAGAAUCACAAAGGAGGGUCCACCUUAUUUGAACAAGUUGCCACAAAAAAGACAAACUGGGGCUUUGCAAAGAAGCCAAACUCGGCCAAAAAAAACACACAUCCCGAUGUUCAUCCAUCCUCGUUCUGAAAACUACACUUGUCUGACGGCGUAAAAAUCUUACUGAUGUAGGGACUAUACGUCAUUCUACGCACAUGUUUCGCAGCUAACGCCUCCCGACUCACCGUCCCUCUCUUCAACUCGCCUUCAGGCACGAGGUGACAAAUAACACGCCUUUGCCUAUUCUUGUGUUAUCAAUGCGCUUUAAACACGAUUUCAUCAUGCAGCGAUAUUAGCGGGAUCCAAUCUAAAAAUGCCUAAUCAAAGCUCCAGUUAUGUCUACCAUUAAAUUUAUUGUUACCAUGGCAACCUGAAGCACAGGCCGAUAUGCCAUUUAUCGAUUUUGUCACUUGUCCAAAUGGGAAGUGUAGUCACUGAAAUUUAACUCUUGAGUGUCUGAUAUGAUGCUUUAAACUAAAUAUUCAAAAUAUAAUGUUAAAACCUCCUGAGACCCCGCGUCCUCAUAUGAGGACAUUUCUGCUGUUCUGCGCCAUGAUACUUCAUUUGUACGAACAUUGACCCAUUGUCCUCAUCCGGGGACCCUGCCUGCAACCUCUAUUGGUCUCAUAAUGAAAUUACACUCAUUUGGGAAAACACAAGAUGGCAGAGAUCCCAACGAAAGUCUUCUAUGGCAGCUCCCGACAGAAAUAUGGACAAGGGAGAAUCUCCCUUUCGAGAGCUGAACAAUUGCUGAAGGCAAUCGCAGACGGCUCUGAGAUUGAGGAUUUGUCAGAUGGUGAAGACAAUGAUCCUGCUGUGGCUGAAAUCGUUCCAUGUGAAGAAACUGGAGAGCAACCUGAUGAUUCUGAAUCAGAUUCAGAUUAUCAACCUGAUGCUGCUCACAUAAGUGAAGAUACUGACAGUGAUACGAGUGAGCCACAACAUAAACAACCGCAUCUUGAGAAUGAUGAACCUGACCAGGAUCUGCAAGGACGCAGGGCAGGACCAAGAAAGGGAAAUGGAGAGUACUGGAAGUUUGCUCCAUUCAACCGUAUCUUAGUCCCAUUUCAGGGAGCUGAUGAACAACAAGACGAGAGAGCAGAUUUAUGGCCGGUGCAGUACAUGGAGCAGUACAUUGACAUAGAACUGAUGAAAGUCCUUGCCGACUGUACAAAUUCUAUGUCCUUAGCCAAAAGUGGGAGAUCUCUCAACACAUCGGUUGAAGAGAUGUACCGCUUUUUUGGAGCAUCCAUCUUGAUGUCCUGCGUCCCAUAUCCACAAACCCGCAUGUUCUGGUGCAAUAGCCUGAGAAUCCCUGCCAUUAGUGACUCAAUGAGACGCGACCGAUUCUUCAAGCUGAGGAGCCAUCUGAAGGUAGUAAUUGAUGACGACGUUCCUGAAGACGGGAAAACGGACACAUUCUGGAAGGUGAGGCCUUUCAUGAAUCGCAUACUCAAAGGCUGCCACGCUCAGGCUCGACCAGAAUCCGUCUCAAUAGAUGAGCAGACGAUACCAUUCACUGGAGCCUGUCCAUUCCGCCAGCAUAUGCCGCUAAAGCCAAAUUCAGUUGGCAUGAAGAACUUUGUCCUGGCAUCAGAAGAUGGGAUCGUUCUGGACUUUGAGGUUUACCAAGGUUCAAAGGCACUGGCUGCACAGGUUCCAGAUGCAGAAGGAUCGGGUUUGGGAGCCCUGGUCCUCAAACGCCUGACAAAAACAGUGGAUCCUGGUACAAAGGUGCACUCCGAUAGGGUCUUAUCAGACAGAAUGAUGAGCUACUACAGGAUGAGUGUGCGAACAAAGAAGUGGACAAUUCGCAUGCUUAUGCACUUUAUGGAUCUUGCUCUGGCCAACAGCUGGCUGCUGUAUCGCCGAGAUCAACAGGAACAUGGUACCCCAAGAAAGGCUAUCAUGACGUUCCUCGAGUUCCGCAUGGACGUGGCUCAGGUGUUCCUCAACAAGUGUGAUGUCACACAUGCAGAAGAAGAGAGUGCAUGCUAUCCACAACCUGGCCAAAGAUCCCGGGUCAAUCCAGUCCCCCACAUCUCAGUGCGCACAACCUCUGCUGCUCAUCUGCCGGAAGUUGCCAAUCUGAAGAACCCAAUGCGUUGCAGACAAAAAGGCUGCCCUGGGAAAUGCCGUGUGCGCUGCAAGACAUGCAAUGUGUUCCUUUGUUUGCAAAAAGGGCGCAACUGCUAUGAAGCCUUUCACAGAGGCCAGUAGGUUCAUAAACUUUGCACUUUUGUUUUUUGUUUUGUUUGUUGACAGUAUAAAAUAAACUUUUGUACUUUAAUAAUUAAUGGUGUCUUCAUUGUGUAAUACAGAAAGAAACACAGGUGUAAAUGAUAACAUUGAUUGAAUGGUCUUUAUUGUCAUACAGUAAAGGCUGAAUUAUGGUUCUGCGUCAAAUCGACGCCGUCACCGUGACGCCGUCGUGAACCCUUCGGACUUCUCCGUCACACCAUUUCGCCGCAGUGCAGUACCCCCCGCGACUGCUAGUUCGCGAUCUUUUCCUGAAUGGUUUAUCCGACCUUUCCGGUCACAGUGAAUCAAAGAGAUAAGGACAACUAUUGCGCAAAAAAACAAAACAAAAAAAAAUCACACAUACACGAAGAAAAGAGCGCUGAAAGUUCACGACGGCUUCAAACCGGAAACCGGAAAUGUGUUGCUACCAAGCGAACCAAUCACAGCCCUCUCGUCUGCGUUUGGUCUGCGUCGCCUCGACGCGUAGUUACAAUUUUUGGGACGCGUGACGGCGUGUGGUCUGCGUCGACGCGUACCGUACGGCGUAGGCCCGGCGUCGUUUUGACGCAGAACCAUAACUCAGCCUUAAGACAGACCCAAUGUCCUCAUAUGAGGACAUUGGUUUUUAAGAUAACUACUUAUUGUAGAAAGCUAAAAUUUCAUUUUUAUGCUAUUUGGGUUUCCCUGAUCCCAAAUAGCAAGGAAAAAAUGUAUAUGCAAAGAUGGUCCUCAUGUGAGGACAUUGGAUUUGAUAUAGUUCAAGAGCACAUAGAAAGCUAAAAUUUAAUUUAAACUAAAAUUAAGUCCUACUGAUCCCAAGUUGUAAGGAGACAUAAAAAAUGCACAUCAAACAAAAGCCCGGGUCUCAAGAGGUUAAAUAAAAGGUCAUAUUUUGGAGCACUCAUGGUGAAACAAUUGAGUUAUCCCUCAAGACUAAGAUUAUUUGUUUUUGAUUAAGUUUUGUGGAUGUAAUCCACACCCUGCCCUGCUGUACAUUAGUCAUGUGAGUUUGUAGCAGGAUUGAUCAGUUUA